AUGCCGCACACGCCGAACAACCAGGCUCAGCUCUCCAAACAAGCGCCAGACAAGCGGCCGUUGGAUGGAACGCCGAUCCACAGACAGCCUUCGGGACUGACUGAGCGCGCGCUGCCUCUUCCCAAACCUAGGACGUUUCGAGACGGACCAGUCGCUUUCCACGGAACACAAGGCAAACCGACCUUGCUGUCGUCGCUCGAGAACCCCGUAAAGCGCCUCCAGGUCGACCUCGAAUUCCUGCGAUGCCGAUGUCCUUUUCAGGCAACAAUUCCCCGCGCCUUUGCAGAGAUCCAGACACGCAAAGUUGUCAACCACCACUUCCUAGACGCUCAUAGGACGAUUCUUCUCGAUGUCGUCGUCGUCGUCGUCGUCGUCGUCGUCGUCGUCGUCCCCGUCGCCUUCCUCUUCUUCUCCUUCAGAUGGGCGAGAGCGACAGGGUCGAGGGAGAUCCUCCAGCUUAUGUGCAGUUCAUGGGACUCGACGGGGCAGACUAGACGAGAGUAG